AUGAGCAACCUCAAGCUCGCACUUCUGCGAUGUACAGAGUUGCAGUCUGCUACCAGGCGAGAGCUUGCUUUGCAAUGGUGUCUUGACCUGACCACAACAUUGUCCCGAGAUACGUAUCGCUAUAGUGGUCUUGUUCCGAUUCUUUCACGAGAUCGACUGCGCUACAUCGCCAUCCAGCUACAGCAAUUCAAACGCAACAUUUCCAUGACGAAUACCAAGUUCUUCGAGCAUAAUUUGAAGAUUAUGGCCGAGCAGCCAUCCUCUUCCAAAUCAUUCAAAGAAGCUCACGAUAAAGUGGAACAAUAUAUAGAGCUUAAGAAAACAAACACCAAAAACGAGCACGAUAACGAGAAAGCCGAGCUUUUUGACUACUUGUACAAGAAUCGCUACGAAAGCCUGAUCGUGAAACUGUUUAGAGAUUCCGUCGACAAAUUCGCAGGUUUGAAAGAAUCACAGUUUUAUCCACUUACCACCAUCAUUGACAAAUAUGGAACGCUGGAGGAUUUGAACUCUUUUCUUGAACAAUACAGUACCAAGAAGACAAGCCACCUGCUUCGGAGGCUUGACAACCUGAAUAAUACGCGAGAAGUCAGUGCGAUACUACAGUUCGAAGAAUCCCACGAUGCCAGUCUACUAAACCAUAUUAAGGGCUAUCGAGGAUUAUCUUUAGCGCUCACUAAACAUCUUAGGCAUCAGAUAUGGACGUCGAAGUCCCCGGAAAAGAAGCAAGCUAUGGCCAAAGCAGCGGUGGACAUACUGGGUUCUGAGAAUUGCGAUGUCCAGUUCUUGGCAGAGGCGUACCGUGUACUUCGCUCUGGGGAUCUGAAAAAUAGGUACAAGUUGGCAAACCAGUUGAUUGAUCCACACAGGAAAAAAGACAUCAUCUUUGCUAUGCUCUCAAAGACGAGUCCGAUAGAAAGCUGCUACUUAUGGGCACACGAAUUCCCUGACAUACAAUUAUCAGACCAAGUACCCAGGGAGCUCUACAUUCUCAAACACCGAUACUUAUUCGCUGGAAGGCUUCCCAAACAUUUUGCUGAUCACCUUGAUCUAGACCGCGCUCAAUUGGACAAGUUCAUCAGCUGCCUUAUUUUUGGGUACUCGCGCUGGGGUGACCAUCAAUAUGUGUUUGACCUUGUCAAAUUGAAAAAUCAACUGGGACUAGAAAUUUCAGUAAUUGAUCAAGUCGGGACAUUUCUAGCCACGCUGCAACUGGACAAAAGCAAAGCAUAUAAUGUUUUCAAAAGCCUGCCUCAGGAAGCACACCGAUACGUUGUCAAAGAAGUGUUAGAGAUGCUCGGCAGGGCUAAUCGAUGGGAUGAGCUAAAUGCAUUUUUCUCUAGUUUGUCUCGAUUGCAGUACACCCCAACUUUGGAAGAUUACACUAGGAUGUUCGAGGCACUCGCUAGUCGUGGAGCCACGGACCAAACUCUGGAAUUAUGGGAGAUGUUUCUAAGAAGGGGAAUGACCCCCACAGAUAGAGUUUUACAGGCCAUCAUCAAGUCACACAUAAAAAAACAGGCAUACGCUGAUUGUUUGCAAUGGUUCGCAGCCUACUCGCAUUUCAAAAUUCCUCUCUCCCCCAAAGCGUACGGCCUCAUGUUACAAGCGCUUUCUGGAACGAACGAGUUAGUGGCAUGUUUCCAGCUUCUGGAUGAGCUGACCAAGAUAAAGAAUGCUACUUUGAAAAGGAACAACUUUUCAGGAUUUGUGAGUAACUGUGCUAUUGGGGGUGACCAUAAGAGCAUCGAGACGCUGUUGAGCGUGUACUACCCCAAGUUUGGACUCACGCCAGAGGCGCCUGAUUUUACAUGGAUAUUGAAAGCCCAUUUCAACUCACAAAGAUACGACACUGUGAUUGACAUAUUCAGAAAACUGCAGGCUGAUAAGUUAGACUGCUAUGGCAGUCACGAGGUGGCUUUACUAGCAGCAUCAAGAUUAGGCAACUUGCGCACUUUCGACGCUCUGUGGGCCGAUUUUUCUGGCAAAUACAAGGAUGAGUUGAAGGUCGAGUCGUAUGAGCCAUUUUUGAUUGCAUACUGUCGUCGUCGCAAGUUCAACAGCCUAGUCAAGUUUAUGGAUGGUUUGAGGGAGCAUUACGGAAAGUUCCCUUCAAAGUUGCUCAACCAGGUUUUCUUCCAAUACAUGCGAAUGGGAAACUUGCAGAACGCUUUUGGUCUCAUUGGAGUUGCGCUUUCCAGGGGAGUCGAAAUUAGCUCCAAGACGUAUUCUCUAGUUCUUCAAGCUGGAACGGACUUGGUGAGCAAUUUCAAUGCUUCACUCAUGGAAGAACUGUUGAACAACAAAUCUAAGGACUCUCUGGGAUUUGCAGAAAAGGAUUUGAGUCCCGCGGCCUUCAAAACAGCUAUAAAGUGUUUGCUAAAUGAGAACCAGACACGGAAGGCUCGUUCUUUAUUCGAAACGUACAUCGAAACGUCCAGUUCUUACUUUUUGGACAACGUUCAUAUCUUGGCCUUAGAGUUGAUGAUUCUUGGCAAGGAAAACCGUUGGCAGGAGUUUGACAGUUGCUUCAACAGAUAUUAUUCCAUUGUGAGACAGAAAAUCGUGCACGCUCGUCUGAAGAAUACGCAGGUGUACGAUAAAAUGGACGAUCUUAAUUUCCGUUUGCAUACAGGAUCCACCUUGCAAACUCUAGAUGAAAUCAGGCUGCGAGAUAGAUCGCUGAAGCCUGAAGCGAUUUCGCGAUAUCUGAAGGAAGCGAUCAUUGAUGUCUGGCCUUACCGUUUGAAGCAAUUGGUUCACCAAGGCCAGCUGAAAACAAUUCCUCAAGCCGUCGAGCAGAUGUUGGCGGACGGUUUCGUGCUGAGCAGCUUGAACAUUAACGAGGCAGCACUGAAGCUAAGUAUGGAUCCGACUCUGGUUCAUGAGACCGUCAAGUUCAUUGAGCGCUAUUUAUUGACUGAUCUCAUGAGACGUGGCCGACAGCGUUUCUUGCGGUUGCAGUUCAAAAGUUCAGCGACGCUGCCGCCUGCUCCGAUCCGCUCGAGUCCCCUGCAUUUCCAUCUGAUACUAAUGAAUCUCACUAAGCAUCUCAAAGCCAUGCCGCGAUCGGAAGCUCUGGAAGUGUUGCGGUCCCCGGUUUUGGCCAAGAGAGAUAUUAUUUUGCGCCACAGGUCACAUAUACAAGAGAACUUCAACAAACUUAGGCUCAAAGCGAUGUUGCAGACCAGUAUUGCCGACAAACACACGCGCAUUGAAGCCUCUAAGGAGAUUCGCACAAAGCGCCACAGGUAUAUUCGCUCUCGAAUAAAUGAGAUUGAUGAGUACUCGAGGCUGCUCAAGAUGCUACUACAGAAAAUCUCGGACUCCGCACGCGAGGCGAAGGGGCAGGAGUUGCAGGAUCUACAGGAAUACAUCAAGGCUUACAAGGAAAAGCUCGACCAAUUGCAACAAGCCAAAGCCGGGCUGCUUGAAGAGGCCAAAAACAUUGUGAUCGACGUUCGGACGAAGUAUGACAAAAAACGCAUGUACAACAAGAUGGUCAAGACCCACCAGCAGCAAACAUAG